AUGGCGAAAUCUACAGAUUCUAAGAACUUAUUUUUGUUGAAUUCAAUUCAUUCGUUAAUUUUACUGAUCUUUAUGGAAAUUUUUUUCUUCCUUUUGGAUGGAAUAAACACUUUUGAGGUUAUAACCAUCGAAGAGAGGAUAUCUCAAAUGAUAUGGUGCUUCUUCUUUGUCGUGCAAAUUGGAAUCUUAAAAGUAGCGGAAGUGUUUUCCAAAAAUGCAAAUGGGAAAGAGAUUGUUUCUGUGCAUUAUCUCUUCAUUAUAUAUGUUUUUUUGUUUCCACUUUCGUCUUCCCUUUUGCUUACGUCCGCUUUGUCUUGGUCGAAGACAGUUUAUUUCAUCUGUAUUUUGAGCCUGUCUACAUCAGUUAAAAUAAAAGGCCUAUUACUUAUUUGCACAGUUACGUUAAUCACAGGAUUCGUGCGCUUUUACAAUGACAUGCCAACGUUCCACAUCGCCCUGUGUUUUACCUUGCUUCUGCUUCUACAUAUUGUAGUAUGUUUCAUCGUCCACCUUGAGCUGUACACCCUCGCUAGGGAAAUAGCAUACAUUAAGAAGAAACCCCUGCGUGCUCUGGACUCUGUGGAUCCCUAUUUCCAGGAGCUCGAGAAGAAGGCCAUCUUAAUAAGGAAUAAUUUGAUAUACUGCCAGCAGAAUAAUAUCAGCGUAGAUAUACUAGGGAACAACCCGUUCGAGUACGAGGAGAACGAAGGAAUAAAAAAGAUCAAAACCAUAAACCAAAGUAAGAUAAGGCUGGAUCCGUAUGGUGACGACCUGACCAGUGUGAAAUGCGAGGCUCCCCUGGACGUGAGCGACGUCAACUGCUCCAGCGUUAACAACUUUGACAUUGGGGGAGAGAAGCAGAACCUGCAGAAUGAAAGUGCUUCCUCGUUUCAAAGGGAGGAAUCCUUAUCGGUGGGACACAAAUCUAGGGAUGAGACAAGGGUCGGCAAAGUGAAGGGCAGAAGAAAAGUGCAUGCAUUGGAGGAGUCCAUGCAGGUGAACAACCGAGGGGGAGAGCAAAGCGCAAUAGCUGAUAUUCACAGACCAAAUCGAACAAGAAGUGACGGCAAAAAUUAUCACCUGAUAAAUGACUUACCCCAGGUGAAGCAUCUAGCCUCAAAAAGGCACCGAAGUGGAAUCUCAAAGAAAAACCUAUCCAAUUUGAAUAGCUUAAACGGAAGAACAUUUGGAGACAAACUGGAAAUAUCACAGCCUCAAUAUUAUGAAGAGACGUACAAAAAGGAGAUGGUUCAGAGGCACUUCAGCUUGCUGCGAAGUGGACUAGGGAGAUUUAAUAGGAGAAGAAAUAUUAUACUCUCCGAAGAGUUGAAAAAAAAUAUUACGUACAUAUAUUUUGACCGAGAUGGGAAGGUUAAGCGAUCCCAAAUUAUUCCCGUGUACGUGCUGGAGAGGCACAACUUGAGUAACAUCUCGUGUUACCUGAGGAGCAACCACACGCCAACCAGAAAUGGGAACCAGUAUAAGAUGCUCACUCGAUUGAAGGAAUACUCGGGGCUGAAAAUGGGGGUCCCAUACCAGGGGUCGCCCCACAUGAAUUCGUUGGGGGGAUUACGCAACGGGAGGAACAAAGGGCGUGACACUCAAACAGCCACCCCGACCCGCAGCCAUAGCAGUGUCUUUCUCGCUGAUAGUAACGAAAAUAGGCACGAGAAAGACAAACUUCAUGUUUUCAACUCCGAUGAGCUGAGAACAGAGGAGAAGAGGAAAGCCUCUAAUAACAACCAUGGAUCGUCCUGCGCAUCGGUUGGAGAGUGCAGAAGAAGGGGAGAUCAAAGUGAAGUGACGAACCAAGGCCCAAAGAGUACUAGGAUGUUUUACCUUAUCCCAUCACCUAAGGAAGAGGAAGAAGAUGGAACGAAAGGGAACAAAGACCCAAAUUGUAAGGCGAAGAAAAAGGGGAACUACCUUUUUCACUCCCAAUCUACUAGUAGCGACCAUGAUGGGAGUGCGACCUCUGUGAAGAGUAAAUCCCUAUUUCAUGUAAAUACAUCGAUAGAAAAAGACAAAUAUAUUAUCCAACUGCAGGAUUCAAGUGAUGAUAACCUGUCCACUUCGAAUAACGUAUUAUACGUCGACGAUGUUGUGGAUGGCUCCUCCGGCACGGAGAUGGGGGAGGAUAGCGGAGAUGGCACUGCCAAUUGUGGCACAUCUUCUGAUGAGAGCGUCUAUGCGGGAUGGAGGAACAGGCGUGACGGGAGAGGCAAGUAUGGCGACGCAGUAUGUUUGGUUAGCGCGAUCGGGGAGAGACAUCGAGAGGCUUCCCCCCCAUCGGAACGACCAAACGGCGAGCAGAAAAUUGAGCGGAAAAGAAGCAACUGCUAUUAUGGGACAAAAUUUUCACUGAAAAAAAAGAAGAUGAAGAAAAAUGAAAGUCACUCCGAGGUUGCAUCUCGAAAGGAAUUCCUCCUCCAAUUUUACGAUGUCAUUUCGACGGGUGGUACGAACGAAUUAUACGGGGUGAAUAAGAAGAGGUGUCACCAUUGGAAAGGGCUUCUCUCUUUUGUGAAUAUAAUGGGAAAUUUUUUCAAGGGGGCAAAAUUGGGGGUUACAAAGUGGGGGUAUUUCUCAUCCCGUUCAAAAGGGGGGAAAUACUGGACGCAAUAUAACAAGACCUUUUCCACGGCAGAGUGGAGACAAAACAUUAGGGACAGCGAGCUGGAGUACAUAUUGAAAUAUAAAAACUUCACCAAGUGGUACAGACAUUGGGUGAGCAGCGUCCUGUUCCAUUACUACAAGAAUACCCAGUUUUUUGCCCUUCUGUUAUUGCUGCUAAACGUGUUGACAGUUCUUCUACAGAUGAUGUUGUUUUCCAUGCUGAUCAGAGUUGAUAAUGCUGGGUUAAAGUCGCCAAACCCGUUUUACAAUGACAAACCACUGUUCAUGGGGACGAAGUUUAGCAUAAACAAUACAAUGGAUGACAACAUUUUUUAUCGACUCCUUUCGAUUAGAAUACCAAUGCAGAUUGCGUUAAAUGUCCUCCUAAUAUUACCAUCCUUUGUUGUAAAGAAUUACAGACAUGUUAAUUGGCUCAACAUUUGCUCCACUUUGAACUGCCUCGUUAAUAUUAUCUUCGGGACAUUGGACAUUUCGUACUCAGUGAACAAUCGUUUGUACAACAUAGAGGAGCUCCAUCCAGUUUUAAACUACUACAACAUAUUUGAUCUCUUUCUGGUUGGGAAACUAACAAUGAGCAUUUUCCUAAUCCCCUUUGUCACAAAUUUUAAUGGCUCCAAGACGAAUGCUCUGGUUACUUUCAGCUGCUUCUGCUACAUUGGUACAUUCUACGGCGCCUUCAAUCCUUCUUCCUUUUCCAUCAAGCUCAUGUACAUCACCAAUUUUGUGAUCCUCAUCGCGACGGCUGCGUCGACUGUCCAUUAUUCCAGGCUGAUCGCCAAAUCACGCAAGAUGCUCUUCGUCAAGUACGUGCUGCCCUACUUCAUAUACCUCACCUUCCUGAGCACUGACCCGAAUAUCCAGAUGGAGAUAAAGGAAAAGCGACGCGGAGGGUAG